AUGGCUGCUGGUAAUGUAUUUCAGAUGAUGAUGUUGGCAAGGGGGGCUGCUACCGGACCAGAUGGAGACUGGAUGCUCGGUUUCCAGUACUUCCUCCUGCCUUUGGCCAUCAUCCGACUCAGCUACUGUGAUGAAAAGUUACCUCCUCGGACACCAAGACAAGCCUUAGAGGAUGAAGUUUCUGAGAAUAAAAUUGCUGGCACGUGGGGCCUUUGGGGACCCUGGUCUUCCUGUUCACAAACCUGUGGCUUAGGAGUAAUUGAGAGAAGUCGUUCUUGUUUGUCCCCAUAUCAGCAAGUUCCCUGGAUGCCAAGAUCAGAGCCAAACCCUCAUAUCGUUCAACCACAACCCCAGCCUCCAUUUCAUGAAGAUAGGCCUAAUGUUUUCUCUAUGGGACCAGCUAGGCCUUCUUACCCUUUUAAUACAGAUGGGGAAAUUGCAGCUGCCUAUGCAGACCCUUAUGUGCCAAGAAACCCAUCUUCUUCCCGAUACAAUCUUUUUAACCGUAACACCAGACAAGAGACAGUUCCUAGUGGAUCCCAGCCUAUACAUCCAAGGAGGGACUACCCUCCCUAUCAUCGUUCCACAUCAAACCGAGGUCGUGGAGUGCCACGGAACCCAGAGACAUUGUGGCGGCCAUCUCCACUAGACAUCCCACAUAGACAAGAUGCUUUGCGUGCUUCUGAAACUAUCUCCAUUCAUAGGAAACAACACCAAGAUAGUCCUAUGCCCUUCAAUACAAGGAAUGCUUCAAGAGGUGAUGAUGCCUCUGCACUAUGGCCAUUCUUCCCUGAUUCUAUUCCUCUUCUGAAGCCUGAAGGUUGGGAGGAAACCAACCUAGAGCAAGCUUUGCCUCCUCUGACCCCUACUAAAGAGUCUCGCUUUUUACGCAGAUCCCGGGUUAGAAACGCAAUCAAGCCAGGAAAAUAUGGUUAUGGGAAGGUACCAUUUGCUUUGCCCCUUCAUACAGAAAAGGAGGAAUCCCAGAGGUCCAAGAGACAUCAUAAAAUGAUGACCUUUAGCACUACAGCAAGUCCCAGGCGAGAGCACAGGAAAGAGCUUAGGCCAACUCAACCUUCAAUGGAAAACCAGGGAAUGAACAAUGAUCAGUCUUCCAGUCAAGCCACAGAUAUCAGUGGGGCAUCUUCUAAAAGGAGAUCACCAUCUGCAAGGAAGCCAAAAAGGUCUAGUCAGUCUGAUUACUCAUCAUGGACAGAGUCACCAGAAUAUGAUUUUAACAUAGGUAAGAAUGUUGAUUCUUCAACAGCAGCCCCAAAAUUGAAACCCUCCAGAAAAAGCACAGACGGCAGUCAAGAUUCCCAGCUUGAUUUUUGGGAUGCUUGGGUUGACUUUGAUAGUCACAGAGGCACUUCAGAAGUAGAGAAUCCAUUGCAUCUGAAAGAACUUAAAAAUAAGAGAACUAUGAAUGAAAAUGUGUUGGUUGCCCAAAAACCACCUCAAGUCCAGAAAAUAUCUUCAACUCCCGUGUCAUCUGUAAAUCAAGCUAUGAAGCUUGUUGAGGAAGAUGAGCUUAUCAGGACUAGUAUAUUAAAAGUUUCUGCUACUCAAGUAAAGAAACAGGACAGCAAGCUCACAAAGCUGAUUGGUACAGUAAAACCAAUGCAGGGCAAACUAUUGAGUCAUAGAGUCGACACCUCAAUAAAAAAUGAGAAACAAGCAGAAAGUGAAAACAGCCAUCAUGGAAGGAGAUUUAGGCAGGUCAUGAAGACGAUACAGAAUAAUGAUUCCACCAGUGAUGAAGCAACAGAAAAUGAGCAAAAGUCACAGAUACCACACCAACCAAGAUCCCGCAGCCAGAGACAAAGUCCAUACAGACACAGUACAGACGACAGUAGGGCCUAUCACAGUCUUUAUAGAGACAACCCAGUUCAGGCAGAUCCUUGGACUCCACUAGGGAGAAAUCCGCCUUUGACUUAUGACAGAGGGCAGGAUCAGAGGUCAAGUCUACAUCAGAACUCAGAACUUCCCCAGUGGAACUUGUAUAAUCCAGGAACAGAGGAAUUCCACUGCGAGGGCGAGAAGAAACAGUACAAGUCGUGCAACCAAGAGCCAUGUCCAGCUGGUCAGCCUGAUGCCAGGACUCUUCAGUGCUCCACAUUUAACAACCAGGAGUUUAUGGGUCGCCUCUACCAGUGGGAAGCAUUCACAGAAGUAAGCGGAAAUCAGAGAUGUGCUUUGAACUGUCGUCCCAUUGGUUACCGUUUCUAUGUCCGCCACACAGAGAAGGUCCAAGAUGGCACUCCAUGUGAGCCUGGUUCCUUAGACGUUUGCGUUGAUGGCCAGUGUCUGAGUCCCGGUUGUGAUGGCAUUCUUGGGUCUAAUAGCACCUUGGACACCUGUGGCGUUUGUGGUGGAGACGGCUCAACUUGUAAGUUCAUCACUGGCACGUUCAAGGACUCUAACGUUCCAAUUGGCUACCACAAAAUCCUGGAGAUUCCAAAAGGUGCCACACAGAUCAGCAUCCGAGAACUUAACUGGAGUCCCAACUACUUGGCCUUGAGAAAUCGAGCUGGGAAGAGUAUCAUUAACGGUAACUGGGCGGUAGACCCACAAGGAAAAUAUGAAGCUGGUGGAACAGUGUUUACCUACAAUCAACCUACACGGGAUGGGCAAGAAGGAGAAUCAUUCACAGCAUCAGGUCCCACCACUGAAGCUCUUGAUGUAUAUAUGAUAUUUCAACAAGACAAUCCAGGAGUGUCAUUUCAGUACUUCAUCUCCUCUCCACCCAGCUCUGAUAACCCUGAUCCAGUCCCACAGCAAGAGCAUGGACCUCAGAGAUCGGUUUCAUCCAGUGACUCUCUUCCUCAGUCAAGUUCUCGAAGUCUUCCUGUAGAGCGUCAUGUGGUCCCCGUACCCCAAGCCCGGCCACCACCACCACCACCAGCAAGGCCAGCUGGAACUCUGCAACGGAACAUCCGGAUCCCUCCACUUCCUGCCCCUCCCGUUCACUAUUGGCCGGAGCAGCCUCAGUUCUUCUGGAAAAGAGUGGGCAACACUCCAUGCUCCGUGACUUGUGGCAAAGGGUUCUGGUACCCCAACUAUCAGUGCGUCUCCAAGAGCUCUCUGGAUGAGGUUAGCGAGGAGGAAUGCGAUCUAUCCAGCAAGCCGUUCCCUCAGGAGGAGGCCUGCAAUACUCAGCCCUGCCCUGCUUUCUGGGAUGUUGGAAAUUGGUCAGUCUGUAGCCGGACAUGUGGCCACGGAAUACAACAACGCCAGGUCCUCUGCCGGCAGAUGUACACCAAUCGCACCACUAUGGUCCACCCACAGAGAUGUGGCCAUCUACCCAAACCCAAUGUGACUCAGACAUGUCAACUUCGUAUCUGCAGCCACUGGGAGAUCCAGAGCAACUGGAGCACGUGCUCGGUCAUGUGCGGCAUUGGACAGAGAACGCGGCACGUGCGCUGCAUAAGUAGCCAAGGAGACAUAGUUGGCGAGGGAGAGUGCAGCAACCGCCUCCAACCUAGAACCAACGAGGCCUGUGACAUGGGGCCGUGCGUCCGCAGCUGGUUUCACAAUGAAUGGAGCUCGACGUGUUCUUCGGAAUGUGGAAUGGGAAUCCAGCGGCGUGCGGUCUUCUGUCUCUCUAGUUCGGCCUUGGAUGAGUCUCAGGAAAGCUGUGCGGGAACUAAGCCUUCCGACAUGAGAGUGUGUAACAGUGGAUCCUGCGAACGGACAGUGAAGUGGUACGCAGGACCUUGGUCUCAGUGCUCUGCAGAUUGUGAUGAAGGCUCACAGAGGCGGGAUGUGAUCUGCGUCAGCAAACUCGGGACCGAAUUCAACGUGACGGACCCAUCAGAGUGCACUCACCUUGAGAAGCCCCCCGGCCUGCAAGCAUGUAAUGCUGGACCAUGUGGAUCACGUUGGUUCACAUCACCCUGGAGCACAUGCUCACAGUCCUGCCUCGGUGGUAUCCAGGUAAGGGAGGUUCGUUGUCUAACAGCCGACAAGCGCUUCAGUCAGCACUGUGACUUGGAUUCCAAGCCGGAUGAGAAGAGAAUGUGCAACACGCAGCCCUGCUCCGCCGCACUAGAUGAGAACUGCCGAGAUCGAUAUCACAAUUGCGCAGUGGUGGUCCAAGCCCGUCUGUGCGUCUAUGCCUACUACAAGCAAGCGUGUUGCUCCUCCUGUUCCCAUUCCUUGCAGAGAACCAGGUCGUCCGAGAACCGAUAGCGUGCACUUCUCCCGCUCCCCGACCCCCUGCCUCACCAAAUUCUAUAUUUUAUAUAUUCAGAAGAGACGGUAUUUAUUAACCUCUUUGGCGCAAGUUCGGCCAGCCUAGCUUUGAGCAGGCGAAAUCUUGUGGGCCCGACUAGAGGGCCAAGAGACACCAUUGUAUAUUUGCUUUCAAUGUUGGCCGGUCAGCCGCAGGGGGAGGCAUCUGCUUUCCCUGAUACUUUACGGUGCUAAGUAACAAUACUUGUAUACCCGUUUUUGACCUACUGCGACUGUGACUUUUAUGCAAUUCAUCUUGUCUGCAAUUCAAUAUAGGAACCAUUGUGUUAUAAGCAUAGCGCUACAAUGACAUGAAAGCAGACACAUACUGUCUACUUAUGCUUGAGUUAUACAGGAAGUUACAGAAAUAUCACAAAUACCAUUUGCCCUCAAAGUCUUCUCCUCUACGGUGCCAAGGCAAUGGUCACAUGAUCGCAUGGUUU